GAGCAGUAGUGGCCGGCUCAGGGCGCUGAUCUGCGGCUGCAGCUGCUCUCUGAUCCCGCGGGGUAAUCUGGGAUGGACGGGGAGGCGGGGGAGGUUUUCCCCGCGGAGGUUCUGCUGUUUGAGGACGGGUUCUCCGCGGAGGACUCGGUCUUGUGCUGCGGGCAGGUGUGCACGGUGCGGCAGGUGUUCAGCGCGAGCCUGGGGGUGGCGGCCUCAGUUUGGGAGGCGGCGAUCCACUUGUGUCGGUACUUUGAGAAAACAUCUCUGGAUUUGAAGGGAAAGCGAGUGAUCGAAUUGGGAGCCGGGACUGGUUUUGUGGGUAUACUGGCUGCCAAAUUAGGAGCGUGUGUGACCAUGACAGACCUUCCUCUGGUUAUCCCACAAGCCGUCCAGAACAUCGAGGCCAACACCCCACCGACCGGCUGGCCUGCAGAAGCUCCGGUGGCGGUUCCACUGAGCUGGGGCCGGGACCAGCAGAACUUCCCCUCAGACUGGGACUACGUACUGGGCACUGAUAUUAUCUACAUGCCGGAAACGUUCCCCCUUCUGCUGGACACACUGGUUCACCUGUGUGGGGGCGGAGCCACAGUGUACCUCUCGUCGAAGAUGCGGCAGGAACAUGGCACUCAGGACUUUUACGAUCACUGGCUGCCGCAGAGGUUCGAGGUGGAGCUGGUGCAGAGAGAACCGGAGGAGAACAUUAAUAUUUAUAGAGCAGUUCUGAGACCGAGCAGCUAACAGAAUACACCCUCCGGAAUACGCCACUCUAUGACCUUUAAUUUUAUCUAAUGGGACCUAUGUUUGGUUUUGUGCCUGUGCUCGUUGCGAUAUUGUUGAAAUAAUAUAUUUUCUAGCUUUAAUAUGAAUGCUAUUUGUAUUCAUUAUGACAUACAGGGGUUGGACAAUGAAACUAAAACACCUGUCAUUUUAGUGUGGGGGGUUCAUGGCUAAAUUGAAGCAGCCUGGUGGCCAAUCAUCAUUAAUUGCACAUUGCACCAGUAAGAGCAGAGUGUGAAGGUUCAAUUAGCAGGGUUUUGCUCGAAAUAUUGCAAUGCACACAACAUUACGGGUGACAUACCAGACUUCAAAAGAGGACAAAUUGUUGGUGCACGUCUUGCUGGCGCAUCUGUGACCAAGCCAGCAAGUGGGAUGUAACAAGAGCCACGGUAUCCAGGGUAAUGUCAGCAUACCACCAAGAAGGACAAUUCACACCCAACAGGAUUAACUGUGGAUGCAAGAGGAAGCUGUCUGAAAGGGAUGUUCGGGUGCUAACCCAGAUUGUAUCCAAGAAACAUAAAACCACGGCUGCCCAAAUCACAGCAGAAUUCAAUGUGCACCUCAGCUCUCCUGUUUCCACCAGAACUGUCCGUCGGAACAAUAAAUUAUUGUGGUCUAAAACCAGGUGUUUCCGUUUCAUUGUCCAACCCCUGUAGGUGUUUAUAAAGCAGCAGGCAGAAUAAAUUCUCUGCCUGAACCUAUUCACACCUCACCCAUUUCAGUGGAUGACGUUUAAUAUAUGCAAUGUACUGUUACAAAUGGCAACAUAAUGCCAUAAUUUAUGCUAUUUAUUAAUAAAGUAUUAAUAAACCUAAUAUAUUCCCUCAUGA